AUGAACGUUGGAUAUGCCGAUGACGUCACACUGUCAAGGACUCUCUCCGUAGCCUUAGCUGAUCAGGACAAAACUGUAGAGGACGAGUCUUCUCACCUCAACUCCUGGGCAGAGGACAACAAGAUGACACUGAACGGUGGGAAGAGCCUCCUUCUCCAGAUCUGCUUCAGUCGAUCUGUCCCAAUCCCACCCACGAUCACUCUUGGAGGUCAACCAGUGCCAUCUGUCGACUGUGCUAAGGGACUGGGUUUCCUCAUAGACAAGGACCUAACCUUCAAUGAACAGGUUAACUCCAUGAUCAGUAACGCUUCGCGCAGACUACACUACUUGCGCCUACUAACGAAACAAGGCACCAGCGUUACCGACCUAAUCCAGAUUUAUCUGGCGCUAGUCCGGCCAGUGCUCGAAUACGGACAUGUGUUACUGGUCGGGUGUAGUAAGGAGCAAGAACUGGCCAUCGAAAGGGUCCAGCGCCGGGCCUUGCGUAUCAUUUCCUUGGGAGGAAGGCGUAGCGUGCCUGACCUGCCCACACUGAAGUCGAGGAGGGAAGAUGCGGCAGUACACCUGUUCCAACGCAUGCUUCAGGAGGACCACCCUCUACAUGACCUAGUACCGCCCUCAAGGUCUGCCCCACUCAUGAUAUCGUCCGCCGCAUCAGUUGUGGCGUCAACUAAGAGUCCGUCGGUUCUCUUGACAAAACUUCAACUCGAGGUGAACUCUCGUCGUCAGAAUGGGCUUGAAAUAACUAGGAGACAACAAUAUAUCGACAGUGGUGAUUACCUAUUAAAGGGCAAGACGCUAAAAGCUGUCACCGUCUUGGAAGAACCUUACGCUACGAAAAAGAUCACAGACGAAGGUACAGACUUCCACGGGUUCGUUAUAGACAUAGUGAAGGAGUUGUCUUCUAGUUUAGGGUUCAGCUAUGAGCUGUAUGUGUCGCCGGAUGGAAAGUACGGCGCCCCUAAGGAGAACAACACACAAUGGAGCGGUGUGAUCGGAGAAAUAAUGUCGGGGCGGGCGGAUGUUGCAGUGGCUCCUGUGACCAUCAGCUCGGAGAGGGAGCAGGUGGUGGACUUCACCAACCCGUUCAUGGACCUGGGAGCAGGGCUGCUUAUGAAGAAACCGGAACCGGAAGGAACCAGUAUAUUCGCAUUCCUACAGCCGUUCAAGGGAACAGUGUGGUUCUCCAUCUUGGGGGCAUUGCUGGGAACCGCCAUAUUGCUCUACGUCACAAGUAGGCUGAGGUUCAAGUGUGAUAUUGGGGACCAGAAUUACUACAAUGACCGCAAAUUCAAUUUCAAGAAUAGUUUGUGGCUGACUUACUGGUCAAUUGUGCGGAAAGGAGGAGAGCCUGCCCCCCGCUCCCUCCCCUCCCGUAUCCUGGCCGGUGCCUGGUGGUUCUUCACCCUGAUCGUCAUCUCCACCUACACGGCCAACCUCACGGCCUUCCUCACCGUCAAACGGCUCGUCUCGCCUAUCAAGUCUAUCGACGACCUGGCAUCUCAGAACUCCAUCCCAUUCGGCGUGACACAAGAAACGUUUCUCUAUUCCUUCUUCAAAGGCCAAGUUGACACUGGGUCUGUGUACGAGAGGAUGUGGGAUUCCAUGCAGACCACCGAGAUGUUCCCGCCGAGCAGCAUGAAGGGGGUGGAGUGGGUACGUGAAGAGCGCUACGUGCUGAUCGAGGAGACGCCAUUCCUGGAAUACACUGUCAGAACUGACCAAAACUGUGAGCUCAUGCUGCUGGGAAAACCCUUCUUGUUCAAGGGCUACGGAUUCGCCACACGCAGGGGAAGCGCCAUUAAAAAGGAGCUGUCGGUGGGCAUAUUAAAGCUUCAAGAGAGCGGAAAGAUGAGCGAGCUACGGGACAAAUGGUGGCCCAAGGACGGCUGUCCUCUGGACGGGCAGUCGUCCAAUGUCAACGAAGCCUCGGCACUGGGACUGGACAUCUUCCUGGGCGUUUUCUAUGUUCUCGGAGCGGCAGCCAUUUUGGCUGUUAUCGUCACGGCGGUCCAAGUUAUAUACUAUCGCUUCUGCAACUUCGGGGAAAAGUUAAAGAAGAUGAACUCCAACCGGCGAACCAGCCUGAAAAAUCACGUGCUGAGGCGCCAGUCGACCGACGUGAACCUGCACUAG